AAUACAUUUCGUACAAUGAAGUUUCAGCUUUCUGUCUCAGUUUUUCUUAUUUGGCAAUUUGUGCUUUUGGAGUUGCUCAUACAACCUGCAAACGGGAACUUGGAUGCUGUCAGUAAUUACCAAGAUGCUGCGUUUAUAGUAAUUAGGAAUGAGGAUGGUAAUAUUAUUAGAAUUAUCAUUAUUAAGUUCGAUCCUCCGAAGAACAGAAGGAGAUGCAUUUACUGUAAAGGAAAUCUGUGCACGUUUACACAGUUUGAUAGUAAUAAGGACGGCCUUAUCAGUCUGGAAGAGUUUUUACAGAAAGCAGAGGGCAAAAUUAAACUAUUCAAGACUGCUUUCCGAUUGGUGGAUACUAAUGCUGACGGACGUAUUUCGCAAGAAGAGUUCCAGAAGUUGAAUAUCAGACUUUCGAGCUGCUGAAAACAUAAUUCAGUGUCGAAAAAUAUUAGCUUUUCAAUUAUUAUAUGAAUAAUAAAGAUAAGCACUAUUUAAAAUUGUA